AUGAAGUCAAGAACACGAUACUUGAUAGCGAUUCUGCUUCAGGUCUCGCUAUGUUUUAAGGCAUGUCAUGCCGGAGGAGAAGAUGACGAUGAUUAUAAUGACAAGGAGAAGAAGACGACGAAAUCGAAAGGAGUAACAUACGACGGAACUUCAUUGAUAAUAAAUGGAAAAAGAGAGCUUCUUUACUCUGGUUCUGUUCAUUACCCUCGAAGCACUCCUGAUAUGUGGCCUAGUAUCAUUGAGAAAGCUAGAAUUGGGAGACUUAAUACCAUCCAAACUUAUGUUUUCUGGAAUGUGCAUGAGCCCGAACAAGGAAAGUGGGAUUUCGAGGGGAGAUUCGAUUUGGUGAAAUUCAUCAAAGUAGUCCACGAGAAAGGUCUCUAUGUCACGCUUAGACUCGGACCCUUCAUCCAAGCCGAAUGGACCCACGGAGGAUUGCCUUAUUGGCUACGCGAGGUCCCGGAGGUUUUCUUCCGUACAGAUAAUGAACCUUUCAAGAGAUAUGUGAGGAAAAUACUUGGGAUGAUGAAAGAAGAGAAGCUGUUUGCUUCACAAGGAGGUCCCAUCAUCUUAGGACAGAUAGAGAAUGAGUACAACGCGGUGCAGCUAGCUUACAAAGAGGAUGGAGAGAGAUAUAUAAAAUGGGCAGCUGAUUUGGUAGAGUCACUGAAUCUAGGAAUCCCAUGGGUUAUGUGCAAACAAAACGAUGCUCCUGGAAAUGUGAUCAAUGCUUGUAAUGGAAGGCAUUGCGGAGAUACUUUCAAAGGACCAAACAGACACGAUAAGCCUUCCUUAUGGACCGAGAACUGGACUACUCAGUUUCGAGUUUUCGGGGAUCCUCCAACACACAGAACAGCGGAUGACAUUGCGUUUUCAGUUGCUAGAUUCUUCUCUAAGAACGGAUCUCAUGUCAACUACUACAUGUACCAUGGUGGAACAAACUUCGGACGCACGUCUGCUCAUUUCGUCACAACUCGUUACUACGACGAUGCGCCACUUGACGAAUACGGUAUGGAGAAGGAACCAAAAUACGGUCACUUGAAACAUGUACACAGAGCACUUGAAUUGUGCAAGAAGGCACUUUUGUGGGGUCAUCCUCGUGCUCAGAAACUUGGUCCCGAUACCGAGGUUAGGUACUACGAGCAGCCAGGGACUAAGGUCUGUGCAGCUUUCUUAGCAAACAAUAACACAAGAGAAUCUAAUACAGUUAAAUUCAAAGGUCAAGAUUACGUCUUACCGUCUCGAUCCAUCAGCAUCUUACCUGAUUGUAAAACCGUCGUCUACAACACUGCACAGAUUGUGGCGCAGCACAGUUGGAGGAACUAUGUGAAGUCGGAGAAGACGAGCAAAGGUCUCAAGUUUGAGACGUAUAGUGAGAAUAUUCCUUCGAAACUCGACGGUGAUUCCUUGAUUCCGGCGGAGCUUUAUUACCUAACCAAGGAUAAAACAGAUUAUGCUUGGUAUACCACAAGUAUAAAGAUUGAAGAAGAUGACUUGCCGGACCAAAAAAAGGUUAAGACGAUGCUGAAAGUAGCAAGUCUUGGUCAUGCAAUAAUCGUUUACGUUAAUGGAGAAUACCAAGGGAAUGAGCAUGGGAGCCAUGAAAUGAAGAGUUUCGUGUUCACAAAACCACUUAAUCUUAAAACCGGAGAUAACUACAUUUCAAUCUUGGGUGUACUAACCGGAUUACCUGAUAGUGGAUCAUACAUGGAGAAAAGGUAUGCCGGUCCACGUAGUAUUUCGAUCAUCGGUUUGAAGUCGGGAACGCGAGAUUUAACCGAGACCAAUGAAUGGGGACAUUUGGCCGGUUUAGAAGGUGAAAAGAAAGAGGUAUACACAGAAGAAGGAUCUAAGAAGGUGAAAUGGGAGAAAGAUGGUGAACGUAAGCCUCUUACGUGGUACAAGACUUACUUUGAGACACCAGAAGGAGAAAACACGGUCGCGAUUAGAAUGAAAGGAAUGGGAAAGGGAUUGAUUUGGGUGAAUGGGAAAGGUGUAGGGAGAUACUGGAUAUCUUUCCUUUCCCCACUUGGAGAGCCAACUCAAUUAGAAGACACGAUAUGUAGUUAUGUCGGAGAGGAUUAUCCAGUAUCGGUGAAGUCUUGGAAGAGAGAAGGGGCACAAAUAGCUUCGAGAAUCAAAGAUAUGAGGCUGAAGGCAACGAUGAAGUGUCCACCAGAGAAACAAAUUGUGGGUGUAGAGUUUGCAAGCUUUGGAGAUCCGAUAGGAACUUGUGGGAACUUUACAAUGGGGAAAUGCUCUGCACCUAAGUCAAAGGAAGUGGUGGAGAAGAACUGUUUGGGGAAGAAUCGUUGUUCAAUAGUAGUAGAGAGAGAGACGUUUGGGGACAAAGGGUGUCCGAAGAUAGUGAAAACAUUGGCAGUACAAGGUUACGUGUUUCAAUCGAGAGACAUGGUGAUUCCCAACGUGAAGACCUUGUCGAUCGAUAGUGCAACCACCAUCUCCGCCUUCGAGAAAUUGGCCGUGGGGCUACAGGGUUUACCACACGCUCCGAUAUUGGUCCUGCUCCGUGUACUCGCAGAUCAGGAGAAUCACAAGUUUGAUGAGUUUGAAGGCAAUGAUGCUGGAUUGUUCGUUAAUGCGGAGUUUGAUGAUGAGGACAAAGAGGCUGAUGAGAUUUGGGAAGCCAUUGAUAGGAGGAUGGAUUCGAGGAGGAAAGACCGUAGAGAAGCUAAGCUCAAGGAAGAAAUCAAGAAUUACAGAGCAAAAAACCCUAAAAUCAAGUUGCAAGAUUUGUCUGCUGAUGAAUGGCCUAACCCAACAAGCAGAGCUGCUGGUGGGUCGGAGACGCCAUGGACGGACCUGACUACGGUCGGUGAAGGAAGAGGCACUGUGUUGUCUCUGAAGCUUGAUAAGUUAUCAGAUUCAAUUUCAAGGGGAAUAAAGCAAAUUCCCUGCUCGGUGAAGCUAUGGUUGGAGGCUGCAAAGUUGGAGCAUGAUGAGGAGAAGAAGAGUAGGGUAUUGAGGAAAGGACUAGAGCAUGUUCCGGACUCGGUAAGGUUAUGGAAGACUCUUGUGGACUUGGCUAAUGAGGAAGAUGCAAUUGUUUUGCUUCACAGGGCUGUGGAAUGCUGCCCUUUGAGUCCAGAGCUAUGGAUUGCGCUUGCAAUGCUUGAAACAUACGAAGAAGCAAAGAGAGUGUUGAAUAAAGCAAGAGAGAAGCUCCCGAAAGAGCGUGGGAUUUGGAUUACCGCUGCUAAGCUAGAGGAAGCUAAUGGGAACAGUGCUAAUGUGAGAAAGAUCAUUGAGAAGGGUAUAAAUGCUUUAAAGAGAGAAGGCGUUGUCAUUGACCGGGAAAAGUGGAUGGAGGAGGCUGAGGCCUCCGAGAGAGCCGGUUCUGUCGCAACUUGCAAAGCAGUUGUUGAGAACAUUAUUGGUUUUGAAGUUGAUGAAGAGGAUAGGAAGAGAACUUGGGUUGCUGAUGCAGAGGAGUGCCUGAAGAGGGGUUCAAUAGAGACCGCAAGAGCGAUAUACGCACAUGCUCUUACCGUGUUCUUGACUAAGAAAAGUAUCUGGCUUAAAGCGGCGCAUCUUGAGAAGAGCCAUGGGAGUAGGGAGUCUCUCGAUGCCGUGUUGCGUAAGGCUGUGACAUACCUCCCUCAGAAUGAAGUUCUCUGGCUAAUGGGUGCCAAGGAGAAGUGGCUUGCUGGAGAUGUUCAAGCAGCUCGUUGUAUUCUACAAGAGACUCAUGCUCCGAAGGAAUCUGGCUUGCGGCUUUCAAGCUCGAGUUUGAGAACAAGGAGGUGGAGCGGGCGAGGAUGA